AGGGAGGAGGAGGCGCUGCUGGCUGCCGCCGUUGCCUCAGCUGCUGGGCGCCUGGGCAGCUCCCAGGGUUUCUGCGGCCGCCAUGGACGAGCAGGCGGGUCCCGGCGUCUUCUUCAGCAACAACCACCCGGGCGCUGGCGGUGCUAAGGGGCUCGGGCCUCUGGCGGAGGCUGCCGCAGCCGGCGACGGGGCGGCUGCGGCGGGGGCGGCCCGAGCCCAGUACAGCCUACCGGGGAUCCUGCACUUCCUGCAGCACGAAUGGGCCCGUUUCGAGGUGGAGAGAGCACAGUGGGAGGUGGAGCGGGCGGAGCUGCAGGCCCAGAUUGCCUUUCUUCAGGGGGAAAGGAAAGGUCAAGAAAAUUUGAAAAAGGAUCUGGUGAGGAGGAUCAAAAUGUUGGAAUAUGCUCUUAAACAGGAAAGAGCCAAAUACCACAAGUUGAAAUAUGGGACAGAAUUGAAUCAAGGAGAUAUGAAGCCUCCAAGCUAUGAUUCUGAUGAAAGUAAUAAAACAGAGGUGCAGCCACAACAGAACAGCCAGUUAAUGUGGAAGCAAGGUUGACAACUACUAAGACAGUAUCUUCAGGAGGUGGGUUACACAGAUACUAUUCUAGAUGUGAAAUCUAAACGAGUACGAGCUUUGCUGGGCUUUUCAAGUGAUAUCACUGACAGGGAAGAUGACAUUCAGGAUUCAGUUAUAAAUGGCACAGAGGCUGAAGUUAAAGAAACAGCAAUGAUUGGAAAAUCUGAGUUAACAGAUUCUGCUUCUGUGCUGGAUAAUUUCAAAUUCCUUGAAAGUGCAGCUGCUGAUUUCAGUGAUGAAGAUGAAGAUGAUGAUAUUGAGGGAAGAGAGAAAAGUGUCAUCGAUACUUCAACAAUUGUUAGAAAAAAAGCAUUGCCUGAUAGCAGUGAAGACCGAGAUACAAAAGAAGCUCUGAAGCAGUUUGACUUCUUGGUUUCAUCAGAGGAAGGAGACAGUGAAUCUAGAAGUGCAGGCGAUGGAACAGACUGGGAAAAGGAGGACCAGUGUCUCAUGCCCGAAGCCUGGAAUGUGGACCAGGGAGUAAUUACCAAACUCAAGGAACAAUACAAAAAGGAGAGAAAGGGGAAAAAGGGGGUGAAGAGGCCCAAUAGGUCAAAACUACAAGAUAUGCUUGCUAAUUUGAGAGAUGUUGAUGCUCCUUCAUUGCAGCCAUCUGUGGGUUCACCUUCCAGACCUAGCAGCUCCAGGCUUCCUGAGCAUGAAAUUAAUAGGGCAGAUGAAGUGGAAGCACUGACAUUUCCUCCUUCUUCUGGGAAGUCAUUCAUCAUGGGAGCAGAUGAAGCCCUUGAAAGUGAACUAGGACUUGGAGAAUUAGCUGGCCUUACAGUGGCCAAUGAAGCAGAUUCACUUGCUUAUGAUAUAGCAAACAAUAAAGAUGCACUGAGGAAGACUUGGAAUCCUAAAUUUACAUUAAGAAGUCAUUUUGAUGGCAUUCGAGCACUUGCUUUCCACCCCAUUGAACCUGUUUUGAUAACAGCAUCAGAGGAUCACACAUUGAAAAUGUGGAAUUUGCAGAAAACAGCCCCAGCCAAAAAGAGUACUUCUCUUGAUGUAGAGCCUAUCUAUACUUUCAGGGCUCAUAAAGGUCCAGUGCUUUGUGUAGUAAUGAGCAGCAAUGGCGAGCAGUGUUAUAGUGGUGGUACUGACGGACUGAUCCAGGGCUGGAAUACCACUAAUCCCAACAUUGAUCCCUAUGACUCUUAUGAUCCUUCUGUUUUAAGAGGUCCUCUGCUAGGCCACACAGAUGCAGUCUGGGGUUUGGCAUACAGUGCAGCACAUCAGCGUUUGUUGUCCUGUUCAGCAGAUGGCACUCUUCGUUUGUGGAAUACAACUGAGGUGGCUCCUGCACUAAGUGUAUUUAAUGAUAAUCAAGAAUUGGGAAUCCCUGCCUCUGUGGAUCUAGUGAGCAGUGACCCGAGCCAUAUGGUAGCAUCAUUCAGCAAAGGGUAUACAAGCAUCUUUAACAUGGAAACCCAACAACGCAUUCUUACUUUAGAAUCCAAUUUAGAUUCAACCAACUCUUCCUGCCAAAUAAAUAGAGUCAUCAGUCAUCCCACUCUUCCAAUCAGCAUCACUGCUCAUGAAGACAGGCAUAUUAAAUUCUAUGAUAACAAUACAGGCAAACUGAUCCACUCGAUGGUAGCCCACCUAGAAGCUGUUACAAGUUUAGCAGUUGAUCCUAAUGGACUAUACUUGAUGUCUGGCAGUCAUGACUGUUCAAUACGUUUAUGGAAUCUAGAAAGUAAGACAUGUAUACAAGAAUUCACAGCUCAUCGGAAAAAAUUUGAAGAAUCCAUUCAUGAUGUAGCUUUCCAUCCAUCCAAAUGCUAUAUAGCCAGUGCUGGAGCUGAUGCCCUGGCUAAAGUCUUUGUAUGACACCAUGCAUCAUCUUCACUUCUAGCUCUUUAUUAAUAAUCAGCUGCACAAAAAAAAAGAUACAUACAGAAGACCAGGGCAAGAAUCAACUCAUCAUGCCCUUUCGUUCUGCUGAAGGAGCACAGAGAACAUUUGUUAAAGUAUAGUUUUGCAAUUCGUAUACUGUUUUCUAAAAUUAAGGUUUGUUCAGGUUGCUGCAAGCUCAGCUGAAUCUUUGAGCCUGUAAACUCUUUCAAAAUUUCCCCCAAAGAUGCGCUUUUAUUUCUGAAGUUGUUCUAAUUCGCUAGGCAGGCCUGAGCGAAGAUAGAUUUAGCUUGUCCCUGUUGAGUAAAUAGGGCAUGCUAUAAGGGAUAAUUAAAAGCUGGAUGGCUGGGAAGGAAUAAAAGAAUGGAAACUUGGACCUACUUCUCCCCUGAGAAAUCUUAUUAAACACAUUAGGUAAUCAAAACAUUAAUCUUUACUAUAUCUGCUUUGCUAACCCUGUUGUGUAUAAUGACCAGACAGUGUUAAAAGGAAUUUUUAAUUUAGCUCUCCUUCGGCUGCUUGCAUAAAGCACGUGAUAAAGCAUUUUACCUAUUGGGGGGAAAGAUGCAAUAAUAUGUUAAAUAUAUUAUUAUUCAGAAAUGCUAAACAAUUUUACUUUGCAAGCAGAUUUCUAUAUUGUAUUACAGAUUUGAAAGUAGAUUUGGUACCGUUGUAAAGUUAGCUGUCAAGCACUCACCAUUAUAAAGAUAGUUGAUAGAGUUUGCUUUUACUAAAGGAUUAACUUAUUCAGGUUUGAGAUUCUGUUAUUUUUAAGGGCAAACAGGGCAUAGCUGUAUAAUAAUUUCUAUUUUAAAAUUCACCUUACUCGUGAUAUUUAAUAGUACCAGAGUGAUUAUCUCAUAUUGAUGAAAUCUA